AUGGGAGGGCGGGACUUCCGACAGCUCAGGUUGGACAUAAAGUGACAGACCUCACUCCCCGAAAUUGGAAGAAAAACCGAAGGACGACGCGAUACAAGUGUGAAAACAGUAAGGAACCAGUAUGAGACAAAGAGGCUUUGAACGAUUGGAAUGAUUUUCCGACAUGGACGACAUAAACCUUCACUAUCGCUUUCUGAACUGGAGGAGGCGGAUCCGAGAAAUUCGUGAGGUGCGAGCAGUGCGAUACAAGGAGCGGCUCAAAAGGAUGCUGAGAGACGGAGACAUACUCAGGUACCAUGGGAACUCAGAUGAAGUGGGCUGCUUCGUGGCGGCCAGGCCGUUGUCGAGAAGAAAUCGCUAUUUUGAAGUGACCAUCGUGGAUACGGGCGUGAGGGGGAUGAUCGCUGUCGGUCUGGUGCCUCAACUCUACAAACUGGACCAUCAGCCGGGCUGGCUCCCGAAUUCAGUGGCUUUUCAUGCUGAUGAUGGCAAGCUGUAUGAUGGCAACACUAUGGGACAGCAGUUUGGUCCAAAAUGCUGCCGAGGUGACAGAAUCGGCUGUGGAGUAUCCCUGGACUCCAACGAUGGGCAGUUGACAGUGUUUUUUACCAAGAAUGGGAAAGAAGUCGGCAGUGUGGAAAUCCCAGCAUCUCCUGAAGCUCUCCACCCCGCUGUGGGAAUGCAUUCUUUGGGGGAGGAAGUGCUGCUGGACCUGAAUGCUGAGUGGGGGAUGGAGGAGGACGAUGGACAGAUGAUUGUGGACAGUCACGAAGAGGACUGGGGCCGUCUCCAUGAUGUCAAGGUGACCGGCACGCUACUGGAGUACGUGGGGAAAGGGAAGAGCAUCGUGGACGUAGGCUUGGCUCAGGCCCGUCGGCCUCUGAACACACGCUUCCACUACUAUGAACUGGAGAUCACAGAUGCUGGAGAGAAGUGUUACAUCGCCCUGGGUCUGGCACGCAGGGACUACCCUAAGAACAGACAUCCAGGUUGGAGCAGAGGGUCAAUAGCUUAUCAUGCAGACGAUGGAAAGUUGUUCCAGGGCAGCGGGGUCGGGGAUGCGUUCGGACCACGCUGCUUUGAAGGCGACAUUAUGGGCUGUGGGAUCAUGUUUCCACGGGACUUCAACCCUGACGGUGGAGAUGACGUGGAUGACUGGGACCUCGACGUGUUUCCUAAGCCUUGCGAGGUUCAGAAUGACUUGUACGCAAACAAUGAAGAAGAGGAGGAGGAGGAGGGGGGAGAGGGAGAAGAUUUAGAGGGGAGGAAGGUCAUGGUGUUCUUUACCAGAAAUGGAAAGGUGGUGGGCCGAAGAGAAGUGGCCUUACCGCUCGGAGGCUUCUACCCAACUAUCGGCAUGAUGAGCACUGGGGAGAAGGUCAGGGUGGACCUUCACCCCCUCAGUGGCUGAGCAGGGCAGAGGAAAUGAAAACGGUGAAAUGGUGAAAUCGGAGCAAGGAGGAACGACUGAGCUCAGGUACAUUUUGGAGAUUGGACAAUAAAUAAAAUCUCCAGAUCAGCAGGCUCCAAGAUGUUACUUGAAAAUUCACUCCAGUGUAGGAGGAAACUGUGGCCCCCUCGUGCUGUAAGAACUAUUUAACAUGCUGGCUGACUUUUUUUAUCGACAACUAUCAAAAUAAUGUACGUGUGCCUAAUGAAAAAAGUCGUUUUAUAAUGAAAUGAUUUUUAUACUGUAAGACAUUGUUUAAAAAGGCCCGGGUUUUAAAGGGGAAGAAACACUAUUUUGACAAUUUAAUGGCACUCUGUAAAGAAAUAGAGUCUCAUUGGGAUAUUGAAUGUGAAAAUCCAAACAGAGCAGGUUACAGCAAACAAAUAAACCCCAUCUGUCCUUACAAGAGGACAAUCAUCAGCAAAUGUGUAGCACUGCUCUCACAGCCUGCAGCGUCACUGAGCCUGUGACCAGAGCUCUGAGGUAUUUCUUCCUGUAGAUGGUGUUUUACUGACACUCAGUGGUGAGAGGGAAAAGUCCAGAACAGAUCCUGCUCGAGAGGUCGUCCAAAGAAACAGCAGCGCACUGAACUAACGCUGGGUUCACUCUCUGUGAAACUAGCUGCUGUAACGCUUUACUUCUGUACGAGUGUGUGGGCACUUGUUCUGACACAGAGCUAUUCAUUGCAUAUUUAAAAGCAAAUGUGCAAACCACCUGCAUUUAGGGAUUGUGGGGGUAAUUAAAUGUAAAAAAAUAUAUAUGUUUAGAUUAAAUCCAAACCAUCAUUAUGAUCUUUAAUCAUUAUACCGGAUUAUCAGUUUUAAAAAGCAAAGUUUGUAAGUUUGACAAUCAGUUUUUAAAAAAAAUCAGGUAUGACUAGUAUUUGUUUUUAUUGUUAUAGACACUGUGCUGUCAUUAAAAAAUGUAUAACGGUAAUAUUUGUAACAAACAUCUGCACCUAAAAGAUGUCACAGCAAAACCAAAACCAUGUCAGAAAAAAAAACACAACGUAUGUAACUAAUGUCUUAUAUGUUCUCUGAAUAUGGAUAUUAUAACUGACCUUACACACAAACAAUCAAACAAAUAAUACCUCAUAUUCAGUUAAUCAAAGUGAUGGUUUCCUUCUUUGUCUAUGAGAAAUUAGUGCUUCUCCUUUUUCUUUUUUUUAGAAAUUUGACAAAUUAAACAUGACGGAAAUUACACUUUGUAGGUUAGUGUGGUGUUCAAUGUUUUGUCUGUGGAUCAUUCGGGUAUUUGGAUUAAAGUGGAUGCCGAUUGUCACAAGAAGGGAAAAUAAUCAAGAACAGUUUUCUGGAAUAUCGAACCCUGUCAGAACAAGAAAAACUGAUGACUACACAGGGUAAAGUUUAGAGUUGUGGAACAUUUAGAAAUGUUAUCAAAGGUCUGAAUGUUGAAAAUUAAUCCUAACUAAGAUUUGCUGCUCUUAAGUGAUUUAAAUUUAAAAUGACCUUUGUCCUUUCUCAGAUCAUUUUGUGAUUGCUGUAGGUUGAAUCCAGCCAUUGUUUGCACCAAACAGAUUUUUGCCUGUAAUGCUUUAUUUUAUUUUAAUUUGUUAUUACUGUUUGAAACCAGUUAUUGUUUUCCCCAAGGACUCUUCUCAUUUGAAGAUUUUCAGUUUCCCCUGCAACAUUUUUGUGUCAAAGCUGACGUUAAAUGGUAUUAUAUAUACAUUUUAAAAUGUGUCUGAGUCUGUAAUGGUCGUCUGCUGCUGCUGCUACUGUCGCAUUUAGCCCUUCUUUUCAAAAUGAAUCAUGGAUCAAGUUUAAGGUGAUCAGCGUAUCUUUCAGUGCCUCUGCAUCCUGAAUGCUCCCUGUCUUCGAUGUUUUUGUGUCAUAUGGACUUUUCUCUUGAAGCAAUCAGAUCAACAUGCCAAAACUAUUAAAAGAAUAUUCACUGCA